CGCAGGGCGGCGUCCGCAUUGGGCAGCUCCGGCGUCGUGGCGGACCAAUGGAAACGAGGUGGAGGGGCGGGACGCUAAAGCUCCUCCCGCUGCCGGGAAGCGGUGACCAAUGAGUGAGCGGGGGGGGCGGGGCCCAGCGGGAGGCACGUGCGGCCGCGCACGUGUCCGCGUGGGGGCCGCCGCAGCCGGGGCGGAACCGGCACCGGCGCCGGGACGGGGACACCGGGACAGCGACACCGGGACAGGGACGGAGACACCGGGACAGGGACAGCGGCACCGGGACGGCGAUACCGGCACCGGGACGGGGACACCGGCACCGGGACAGCUGCAGCCGGGAGCAGGCAGCCUCACCCAGGCGGCACCACAGGAGCUGAACCCAGCGAGAGGCUCCUCCGGGGGGGCCCCACCCUGCCCCCCCCCACCAUGGACCCCGCCACCCGUGCCUGCUCUUGCGGCUCUCCCACCUCCAGCCCGGGUGACCCCUCCUCUGACAGCGAAGCCGAGGCCAGUGGCCCCCCCCCCGACCCCCCCCAAAACUGAAUGGAGCCGUAAGCGGCCGGGGGGCCCGGACCGAGCACCCCCCGAAUUGUCCUCGUCACCCCGAGGGGGGAAACGACCCCGGAAGGGGGAUGGGGGGGACAGCCCUCCCAGCGACGGCGAUCGCCUCUUUGCCCAAAAAUGCCAGGAGCUGCGGGGCUUCAUCCGGCCGCUGGCGGAGCUGCUGGAGGGGCUGAAACGGGGGCGAUACGACAGAGGGCUGAGCAGCUUCCAGCAGAGCGUGGCCAUGGACCGGAUCCAGCGGAUCAUAGGAGUCCUACAGAAGCCAGAAAUGGGCGCCCGUUACCUGGGGACACUGCUGCAGGUUGAGGGGAUGCUGAGGGUCUGGUUCCCCCACGUCGCCCCCAAGCCUGCACAGGAUCCAGCCCCCUCCCCUGCCGCCGCCACCCCUCCUCGUCGCCGACCCCCCGCCGGCCCCCCCCGGAGCACCCCGUUGUCGACGUCUGCCUGGGGACGUCCCCCCUUCCAACCCCACGGGGACGUCGGGGACAUCACAUCGAGGGGAGCACCCCAAGUGCCAGACCGGGACCCCCGUGUCCCCCAUGGCGCCGGAUGUGUGACCCCCCCCCAAGCCGGGGAGGGUGUCUCCUGGAUUUCUCGGGUUUUGCCUUUUUUUUUGGAUGUUUUUUUUUUUUUGUUUGUUUUUUUUUAAAUUGUGGACAGUGAGACCUGCGGGCAGGCGGGGCCAUCCCAUGGGGGGACCCCAAGACCUCCCCCGCCCCCCCAGGGACCCCCAAAACCACAGGGCAGGGAGGGGGGGUACGUGCCUUCACCAGAGCAGAGCCCCCUCCCCGGGCAGGGGGGUCGUGCCUCGGUGCAGAGGGGAGGGGGGCACAGGAUGGGGGGGCUGGCCUCCCCACUGGCCUUGUGCCUUUCCCCCCCCCCGCCUGGCGUUUUGGGGAGGGCUGGGGUGGGGUGUGUGUGUCUGUGUCCCCCUGCAAGUGGGGCUGCCCCAUGGCUCGGCCCUGCUGGAAGCAAUAAAUGCCGCGGGAGCGGCCGGGGCCA